AUGUUCCCCCCACAGCAAGGCAUCUCCCUCGACCUGGACGCUCUCUCCGGCAUCUGCGGAUCCAUCUCCAUCGCAUGCUGGGUAGUGGUGUUCUCGCCUCAAAUCAUCGAGAACUUCCGCCGCGGCUCCGCCGAAGGCCUGUCGAUCGUGUUCAUCGUGGUCUGGCUCGCGGGUGAUGUGUUCAACAUUCUGGGCGCCAUCUUGCAAGGUGUACUGCCGACCAUGAUCAUUCUGGCCGUGUACUACACCCUGGCGGAUAUUGUGUUGUUGGGCCAAUGUUUUUAUUAUCGCGGGUUUACACUCAGUGAUGAAAUCAAGUCGGGAGGAGGACAAUAUGAAGAGGAAGGUCGUGACGAGACGAGACCGCUCCUAAACGACCAAAACCGCGAUGUGAGACCCCUACUUCGCGGCGAUCCGAGCACUCGGCCAUCAUCGUCUCGGGAGGAUGAGGACCAUCACACCGACCGGACGCGCUCCGUGUCUCGCCUGCGACGACAUCUUUCGAUCGACGCAUCUCACCUGUCGCCCGUGACACCGCUCCUCGACCCGCCGAAACCCAGCGACUACCCUGUCGCCGUCAAGAACGCCAGACCGACGAGCACACUGCAAGCCGUGUUGUUCAACACGUUUACAAUCUUGUUGGUCUGCGCUGCUGGGGUGUUGGGCUGGUGGAUCGGCGUGCACAAGCCGCGCCGCCGACACCAUGACGAAGAGCAACCGUGGGAGCCGUUGCAGUUCGACAUGCUCGGCCAGGUCUUCGGAUAUCUCUGCGCCGUGCUGUAUCUGGGAUCGCGGGUCCCGCAGCUCCUACUCAACUACAAGCGCAAAAGCACCGAGGGCGUCUCGCUGCUCUUCUUCCUCUUUGCUUGCAUCGGCAAUUUGACUUAUGAUAUGUCCAUCUUUGCGUAUUCGCCUGUCUGCCGCGAGCCGGAUCACUGUCGGCCGGGAGAGGCUAAGACGCUUUAUCUGAGAUAUAUUGCCGUCAACGCCAGUUGGAUCGCGGGCAGUCUGGGCACACUGUUGUUGGAUAUGGCCAUCUUCGUGCAGUUCUUUUUGUAUCAAAAGCGAGAGGAGGAUUACGGUGAUGGGGAGGUCGCCGUCGAAGAUGGCGCAGUUCGAGGUCAUGCUGCAUAG